GUGGUGGAAAACGCCAUUAGUCCGGGGUCUUUAUAAUAUAUGGUCACUUCUGAUAAUAUCUAUUCUGCGAUAGUGUUAAUCAUCACUUUAGGUUCUAUAUAAUAUGUUGGUUAGGAUAAUAGUUGUAUAUACACCACUAUUAUUUUGUACAUUUUUACAGUACACGUGGGAUAUUUGUGUCUUGGUGCAUAUUUUUUUUUGUGUAUUUGGUUAUUUUACUUAUUCAUUAUACCGUGUAAAUUUAUUUACUUUUAUUUAAAAAAUAUGGGUAAUAAGAGACAUGGCUGUACAAAUUCGUAUUUUGCAAAAAAGAGAAGAAAUAAACAAGGAGUAAGUUUUUUUUUUAUUAGUUAGUUUUAAACAACGUUUAGUAAAACAUAGAUUCCUGAGCUCCUUAGUACAAAUAGUUUUAAAUAAUAUGUCAGAUGAUAAUAUUAUACCUGAAUCUUUAAUUUUAAUAACAAUUAGUAAAGAAGUUUUUUUUAAUUUUGUAACUAACAAAUUGGUAUUUAGUAACGAGAGAACAAAAUUUGCAUGUAUUUUUCAGCAUGAAAUGAAAUACCAUUAAUUCUACAUCACUCAAUUAAAUUAUCCAAGUCACUUUGAAUUUUACAGCAGUCACCUAGAUUAUAAACCAGAAGAAAUAAUUUUAGAUUAUUGGCAAAUAGUAAAUAAUUACAGUAAAAAAAGACUUUGUUUAUGUCAUUUAGGUAUUUACCUAAUAAAAAUAAAAGUGGUGAUAAAUGUCCACCUAUGGUACACCAAAAUAUGUAUUUAUGGGUAGAGAUAUAGUAUGUUUAAUUUUGACUAUCUGUGUUCUAUCAUAAAUAAAUUAUGACAACCAUUGAAGAAGUUUCCCAUGUAGUUAUUCAAUUUUUUUGUGAUAAUAUUGUGAUCCACAGAGUUAAAUACCUAAACUUAUUAAAUUAAAUCAAUUUAAUAAUUAACAAAUUAAAACUUAUUUGGUCUUAGGACAGAUAGAAAAAUGAUAUGAGACUCUGAUUUGUAUUCAAUUUUUAUUUUUUAAAAUUUUUUGUAUAGUUUUCAGAAUAAAUUAAGCCAAUUUGUGUGACUUUAAAUACAAGUAUAUCAUGAUUUAAAAAUCAUUUACAUAUAUUUUUCAAUUUUAUUUUAUAAAUUAUUGGUCUAGAAUAAAAAUAAUUAUCGUAUCAGUUAAAUCAUUUUGUUUUAAAUUAUAUAACAUUUAUUAUAUUCUAAAUUAUAUUACUUAUAAUAUAAUUAAAAAUAAAGCCAAGUUUAAAAUAUUGCUCUAUUUAUUUUAACUAUUUUCAACAGAAUUGAGGUAUUAAAAUAUUUAUUAUAUUUCGGUCCAUAAGAGGAGUCUGUGUCUCCACCAAAACUCGUCAGAGUACGCACAGCCUAAAUAUGUCACUAGCUUAUGUAUAACAUAAGCUGUUGCCGGAAAUGUUCAAUUUGGGGAAAUAGUUCCCCAAGAACUUCUACACCAUCAGUUGCAUUUACAAAAUGAGUUCCUUUUUUUGUUAACCAGGGUAUAUAAUAUUAUAUUCUGAUGAAUGAUGAUAAUGAUAUGGAAACUCAAAAGGAAUCUAUUAGCGAUUUUCAGUUAAUUGUACUCAGUGCUAUAUGCUAAUAACAUGCUAGUUCCAUUCAUCAGUAUGUGUUUACACUACCAUGGUUUAAUGUGUUAUAUCUUGAAAAACUGCUCGAGUGUUCAAUACUCAGUGUGGAACUGUUGCCUGAGCUUUUUGAGUCUUCUUUAAAUGUGUUGUCCACCUGUAGUAGAGAAUUCUACUCACUAGUGCGAACUGGUGAUAAACUCACAAUGUGUCAGUGGAAAAUGGUUAAAAAGAAUUUAGAACGGUGUAAAACACUAUAUAUACUAAUAAUUCUUUUAGAUUUGCUGUAUUUUAAGUUAUAUAAUUUUUAUUAAGGUAUAUUAUGUUAAUUUUUUUUUAUGGUGAGCUUUAAACAGGGAUUUAACAUUACAUUUAUUAUACUUUAUAAAUUUACUCAAUUUAAAGUUGUAAUUAUAUCGAAUUGUGUAUAUCAAUAAAAUAAGAGUUACUAAAAAUUAAACAUUUCAUUUUUUUUAAUUUAAUUAAUUUACUUUAAUUUUAGUUAUGUACAGCUGUGGAUUCAAUAGAUAAUCGCAGUUCUUAUGAAACGACAAUAAGGGACAAUGAAAAAUUUUUACAAUAUUAUAAAGUAAUUUUUCACCCAUAUUUUAAAACUAACCUAAAACUGUACAAUGUAUAUUUUUAUUGUAAUACAAAUGUUAUUUAUACAUUUUAGAUGCAAAAUAUUUGUCCAGAAGAUGAAUGGGAUAACUUUGUAACUACACUAAAAUCUGAUUUACCCUCAUCAUUUCGCAUUACAGCUAGCAGUAAUGCAGAAGCUACAGAAUUAUUAAAAUUUGUUGAAGGUGUUUUGUUGACAGAUUUACUUAAAGUAGAACGGAGUGAUGCACAUGAACUUAAAAGCAGCAAACCUUUUUGCUUACCAUGGUUUGUUUAUUUAUAAUUAUCUGAAUACAUAAUUAAAUGUUAUCAAUUUUAUUAUCACCAGGGUUUGAGACUUUUAUGUACUUAAAAUCCAUAAAGAGCAUUAAAAAGAUCAAUAAAUAAUUUAACACUACAAAAAUAAUUAACAUAAAUAUUUUUUUAUAAUCAAAUUUAUUAAAAAAAAAACCUGUAUUAAUCAAUUUUGUAAUUUUAGAUAUUUUUAUUUUAUAAGUUAAAGUUGUUGCUGUUUUUGGUUUUUAAUAUUUUUUGAGUGCUAUUUACUACAUGGCUUUUAAGCUUUUUUAUUUUUUUUUAUUAUGUGGAUUUAAAUGACAUAAAAUCUUGAGCCCUGAUUAUUAUCAGUAUACUUUAAUUAAAUUAAAAAUUAAAAUUUCAAUUGAAUUUUGGAAUUUUUAUAGGUAUCCACAACGAUUUGGAUGGCAAUUGAAAAUUACCCGUAAAGAUAUCCGUAGUUCAGAACCUUAUUUUCGCUUGCAUAAUUUUUUAAUUUCUGAAACUGAAAAUGGCAACAUUUCUAGACAAGAAACUGUCAGCAUGAUUCCACCUUUACUAUUAGAUAUAAAAUCAAGUGAUAAGGUUUAUUUAUUGUAUUUAUGAUUUUUGAAACUUUUUUUUUUUAUUAAUAUGAUUAAAAUUUUGUAGAUUUUAGAUAUGUGUGCAGCUCCUGGUUCAAAGACUGCUCAAUUAAUUGAAGGACUUUUUUCUGGUUCAAAUUCUUCAGUUCCAGGUAUUUGGUAAUCAUAAUAAUAAUAAUACAAAUUUAAUUGCCACUAUUGUAUGAUUCAGAUGGUUUUGUUGUUGCUAAUGAUGUAAACAAUUCAAGAUGUUAUAUGUUAGUUCACCAAGCUAAACGACUAAACAGUGCAAAUGUAGUUAUUACAAAUCACGAUGCUACAGUUUUACCUUCUAUGAAGAGCAAUGAAAAUGGUUUUCUUUUUUUCUUUUGUGGUUUUAAUAAUAUUUUAUAUUAUACUAUGUAUAUAUUUUGUACAGGAGAUUCUGUGUUAAAAUUUGAUAAAAUUUUAUGUGAUGCACCCUGUUCGGGUGAUGGUACAUUACGAAAGAAUCCAGAUAUUUGGACUAAAUGGAGUCCUGGAAAUGCAAAUAAUUUGCACGGGUUAGUUAAUUAAACAAAUGUGUAUUUGAUAUACAAUUAAUAUAUAUAUUUUUAAAACAUUUAGAAUACAGUAUCGUAUAUUAAAGCGUGGCUUAGAACUUUUAAACCAAGGCGGACAAUUGGUUUAUUCAACUUGUUCUUUAAACCCAGUUGAAAAUGAAGCUGUUAUUCAUCGUAUAAUGAGUGAAUCUGAAGGUAUUUUUAUAUAUUUUUUAAUACUACCAUUGGAUACAAUGGUAACUGGAUACAGUUAUAUUGAUUUGUUAGUUUAUUAAAAUAUAAAUAUUCCAAAGUUGUCUAGGUGUACCGAUUUUAACAAAUAUUAAUUUAAAUGUAAUAUUUCUGACAGUGUAGUCCUCAAACAAUCAGUAUAGAUUAAUGUUAAUACUGUUUGUUUGGCAUUUGCACACAGACAUCACAUUUGUCUUCAAUCACAGUCAUUAUUCACUUAACACUAUCAAUAUGAUCAUCAGUAAGAAAUACUGACAACUGACUCAAUCACCUAUUUUAUAUCAGUCUUUAGUAUCAUUUUUUUAUACUUACUACAUCAGUACUCUCUGUUAAUAAUAUUAAUCAUGUGAAGGCUGCUUACAUUACUCUUGUGGUCUAAACACAUAGGCAUCCAAAGAGCAAUUAUCACCUUUUUUUAUUUUUCAUUUUUAUAAAUGAAGUUUUGCUGAAUCCUCCCCUUGGGUUUGCAUAUGGCAUGAAGAUAUAUGUGUCUAUUAAAUAUCCUCUUGAUGUUGCCUUCUUCAAAAUAAUUUUGCCGCAUAAGUCUCUUAGAGUGAAUCUCCAAGUCUAGCUCUUAAUGUAUGUAUUUGUAAACAAUUUUCUUUUUCUAAAUCUCAGUUUUAUUACCAAUUUAUAUAAUUAAUAAUAAUGCCUACCCAUAGGUAUAAAUUUUGUUUGUGAUAUUGGUUUCCAACUUAACACCCAUACUGUUCAAAGUAACAUAUUAAAGCAAUGUGCUAUAAGACACUUAAAAGUUCUGGGUGUUUGUUCAGCAAAUUUAAUCUGAAUUCAAAUUUUUUUCCUAUCUUACGGCUCUUUUGUUUGUUAGUUCAUAUGUUCCUCAAAUACAGUUGUGUCAUCUGGAAUUCAUUUACUAAAGAUGAUUCUAAAAUAAUUGAAAGUUUUCAUUGUACAUUUUAGAUUCUGAGUGGAGCAAAGAAGAUUAUAGUUUUAUAAAAAUGUUUUUUUAAUUUAAUUUUUUUUUUUAAUAAUUUUUCUAUCAAAAUACUUGCUCAAAGAGCACCUUCUCUAAAAGAAAAUUAGCAUGAAGAGAUACUUUAAAGUGGUAAUAUUUCUAUAUUCUCAGGAGUUUUCUGAUUAAGUUUGAAAAACCAAAAUAAUUGGAAAAUAUAAGAAAUGUAUGUUUAGUUAAAAUGUAUUACAGCAUUCUUUUUUUCUUGUGAAUAACUUUUAUGUUAGCAAUUGUGCUCCAAUUCAUAAUAAUAGCAAUUUUUCUAAAAGGAAAUUUGACUGGGAAGGUACUUAAGGGAGAUAAUUUUUCAGUUUUCCUAAGAGUUUUCUCAGCAAAUGUGAAAAACUGUGAUAAAAUAUGGGAAAAUUGAGAAUAUUGGUACAACAUAUCACAAACAUUAUUAAAAAAAUAUAUAAUACUUAUUUAAUUUUUUACUACAAAAUUACAUAUUGUAGACAAAGCAUCAUCAACUGAACUCUGCUCAGAAUCUUGAAGAAAGUAUAUAAUGCCUAUUUAACUAUUUUACUAUAAUAUAACAUAAUAUAUAUUGUUGGUAAAGCAUCACUAUCAACUGAACUGCGCUCAGAAUCGUUUUUCAUAAGCAAUGGUUUAUUGUUGUUUACUGGUAUACAUUACCUAUAACAAUAGCUACACCCGUCCUCAUUUUCCUAGAAAGCCUUUUUUAGAUUUACCUCAUUCUUUUAAAAGGACUUGGACUUAAAAGGGACUUGUUCUAUAAGCUCUAAAUUAACCAUACUUUUGGGAUCAUAGCCAAGCUGCUUGUCUAAUACUUUUAUUCAAGCUUUUUGCAUAUGAAGUUGAUUUUCCUACACUGCAAUUUAGAGUACUUUCUUAUCCUACAAGAUCUCAUUUGCUUUCUUCAUUCCUAUCUCAUCCUCUAUCAAAACAAAGCCUCAAUUAUUUAACUAAUUUGUAUCAUCAUUGUUUGCUUAGUUUACUUAUUUGUUAUCACAUUUAUUAUGUUCUUGUUCUUUUUGGGUUUUGGCCUAUGUAAUACAUUAAUCAAUAAUAUAAAUAGUACAUGUGCAAAAUGGUUCAAUUUGUGAUUUAGACAAGAGUUUUUACAUUUAAAUUAAUGAAGGUGGGCUUAGUUUUAUAUCAGUGGUAAUAUUGAAACUUUUGUUCUUAAAUUUGAUAAUAAUUUUGAUGAUAAUUUUUUUUAUAUAGGUUCUAUUGCAAUUAUGAAUGUUCAAGAUAAGAUUGCAGGAUUAAAAACCACAAAUGGACUUUCACAGUGGGUAGUUGUUUCAAAAGAUUUAGAUGUGUAUACUAGCUUUGAUGAAGUACCAGAAAAGUGGGUUACUCAAAUAAGACCACAAAUGUUCCCUCCAAAGGAAGAUUUAUAUAAUCUAAAUAGAUGGUAAAUCUGAUAGUAAAUUUAAAAAUGUAUUUCCUUAAUUUUAAACAUUUUCUUCUUUCAAUUUUUAGUAUAAGAGUUUUACCUCAUCAUCAAGAUACUGGUGGGUUUUUUGUUACUGUUUUGGUAAAAAUACAGUUAUUACCUUGGGAAGCAAGUGAAAAAAAAAAUGAAAAUCUAUCAGAAAUGAUCCCUGAAAAACCAAUCGCUGUUAAAAAAAAAAAAAGGUAUCAAGGUUAUAAAGAAGAUCCAUUUGUAUUUUUGAGUGAUGAUGAUAAAGUUUGGCCAGAAAUCAGGUAAAUAUACAAUAAAUAAAUAUCUUAUACUUGAAUUUACUUCAGCAAAAAUUGUAUUUCAUUUUUUUAUUUUUUUUAAUGAAUUAUUUCUUAAAAUAAGGUUGCAAUAUAUACCGGUAAAUUAUGUCUGUUAAUUUGUAGUUUUUUUGUUAUGUCAAAUUAUAAACUGUUAAGAUAUUAAAUUGUAAUUUAGAAUCACAUGUAGAAUAUAGUUAAAAAGGAAUAUUGAAGUACAGGAUGUAGAUAUGACAUAUUACAAUUAAGGGUGUAGCAAUUCAUAAUAUUAUGAGUAAAUAGGAAAUAUUUUAGUGGUGCUAUGAAAAAAUUGUCACUGUAUAUUAGUACAAGGGUUCCCAGUUAGUAUGAAGCCAUGGACCUCUAUAAAAUUUAAAUUAGUGGGAACCCCUUAUUUGUGAAUUUUUGCUUUUCAAUUUUCUUUAAUAUUUAUGAAAAUGAAAAAAAAAACAAUUUUGUACAAUUUAUUUUAAUUUUACAAAAGUACCUUUUUCUAAUAAUAUAAACACAGAUUUUCUCAAAAAAUACAAAUAACGAGAUUUACCUAUUUGAUUUAACACCUAACUUUUUAUUUUAAAUUACAUUUUACAACUUAAUUAUGAGUUACUUAAAAUAGUUAUUAUAUUGAUUUUCGAAUCUUAUGAGAGUAAAACAUUUCUUUUUUGUUCAUAAUCUCGUCUAAACUUGGCUGCAUACUUGAUAUUUUCACUCUUAAAUCAGCAUCAAAAUUAAGUGUAUUACGAUAUUUGUUUUUCAUGAAGCAAUAGGUAAAAAAAUUAUUCACAUUUAUAUAUUGUGUAAAAGGGAAUUAAAUAUCUUUAAGCAUUUUUGGCCAAUUGUUUUUGAUAAAUUUGAACAGUUAACCAAAAAUCAAUUAGUUUAUGAUUGAAAAUAUUUUUCAUCUGUCCCUUAGUUACCAGAUCAAUUAAUUCAUCUUGAACAGAGAAUGAUUUUCAAUGUUUUCAAUAUCACAAAAGAAUGGAUUUCUUAUCUAUGUAUUGUUUGGGUCAGGUUGAUGAAAAUAUUUUCUUAAGGUUUCGGUCAUGCACAACAAGUGUUUAGAUAUUUCAUAUUUGACUUCUUGUGGUAGACAUUCACUUGAAGAUACUAAAAAAACUUGUAAUGUCGGAAAGUUACAGAAAGAGUUCUUUUCACACGUUUUGCCCAAAUUUCAAACUUUUUUUUUAUAGUUGCUUUUAUUUUAUCCUCAAAAUGGAAAACAUCAAUAUAAAUUCCUUGUAAACUCAAAUUCAGUACAUUCAAAUGUUUGAACACAUCAACCAAGUAAGCUGUUCGACAAUGCCAAGAAAAAUCAGUUCGCAAGUCCACAAACCAGGUCUCAAGAAGAAAUACCUGAACGUCAUUUCUUAACUCAAAAAAACACUGACGAAUUUCAUCUCAUGAAAGCCAUUAUAUUUUAGUGUGCAAAGGAAGCUAUACUUCUAGCUAUACUAAGCUAUACUUCACUAUACGUGGUCACUUCCCAUGUCUUUGCAAAGGACUUCAAAAAGUCUGGAAUUGUAAGGGUUGUGGUUUAAUAAAGUUAAUAAUUUUCACUACUUCCUCUAAAGUUUUCCUGUGCUCCAGUAAGCGUUUAGCAACCAAAACUUCUCUAUGAACACAAAAGUGAGUGCACUUUAUGUGAUAUGCAACUUCUUUCACAGAACCCAACAGUCUAGUGGUUAUUCCAACACAUUUUUCCUACCUAAUGCCAUGCUUUGUAAAAAACUUAUCAAUAGCUUCAAUUUUAUCUUUUUCCUAAGUAUACAGGAGCUCUCAAGAAAACAAAAAUCUUCAAAUAACUGUUUUUGCCAUCUAAAAUGGACAAAAAUCAACAUAGAUGACCUACUUGCUAUAUCUGUACUUUUAUCUAGUUGCAGUGCAAACAUGUCAUUCAUAGAUAGCCUUAUAAAUGUUUCUUCAAUAUUUGCAGACAUAUUAGUAAUUCAUCUUUGAAUAGUAUUGUUUGCCAGGGAGACAGAACUAACUAACUUGGAUGUAGAUUCACCUAACAUUCUUUUGAGCAGGAUAAUUGCAGCUGGAAGAAUUAGUUCUUGGGCUAUGGUGUGAGCCUUACCAGAUUUUGUAACAAGUUAAACCACUUAAUGUGAAGCUAGCCUGACAUUUUUAUUACCAUUUAGACUUGUUGAAGAUUUCAUCACUUUUAUGAUUUUUUAAAUUCUCCUAACAUGGCUAUAAAACAAUCCAAAGACUUGCUAGUAAAUUCAUUAUGUUAUUUCUCAUAAUGACAUAGUUUGGAAGGUUUCAUACUUUCAUUGGACAAGAUCUCCAAGCAAAUAAUACACUGUGGUUUUGAUUUAUCUUCAGUCCCAGCCAAUGUGAUUCCUAAUUGUAAAUAUUCAGUGUUAUACUUUCUCACUUUAGUACCAUAGUACUCUUCGAGUUCAGAAUAUUGAAAAUUUGAGUCUGAGUUACUAGGUUGAUCAAUACACUAAAAGAAAUAUAUUAUAGAAAUUAUCAGUAAAAAUAUAGAUAAAUUAUAAAUUGUAAACAUAUUUAUAUAUUAUAAAUUAUUUGCCUUAUACAUAUGCAGGCAUCUAACGAUGGGCUAAUAAGUAGAAAAGUUUGUUUGAUAAAUAAAUACAUGAGUUAUUUACUCCACAUUCAUUCAUAUCAUUAACAGUAUUAUCAUCUUCAAUGUCACUUAUAUGCCUCUUAAGUGAACCAGAUUUUAACCACUGAUGCAUUAUGGGUAAUGUUGACUAAUGACUAAUGUUAAAAAUUUCCAUCUGCAAUAUAUUUUAUUCAUUAUGUAAUAUAUAAUAAUAGUAUAAUAGUGCAAGUAAUAAAUAUAAAAUUUAUAAUUAAUUGAUUGUCUACUUUUCGUGAUUAUCAAGUUUCAAUAGUGAUAGUCUACAAAUACCUGGAAUUUCAAAGGACUAAGAAUUUAAUAAUUUCACUAAAUUAAAAUUUAAAAAAUCAAUACUGUACUACACAACCGUGCAUCCAUGGGGGUUCAUAGACCACCAAUUGAGAGCCACUGCAUUAGUGCAUUAUAUUUAUAUUUAUAUUAUUCACUUUAUUAAAAUUGUUAAAAUACUAUACAACUAAAAAAAAACCAGAUUCUUAUUUAUUGUGUAAAUAAAGUGCUCUAAAAAUUAAUGAUGUUGGUAGUCUAAACAUUGUUGUUGGAUGAUAAAUCUAAUCUACACAUUUGGUAUUUACUUUUUGGUAUUAAAAGAACUAUAGAGAAAAAUUGAUUUAAGGUAUCUGUUAUCAAAGUGCAUUUAAAAAAGUAUACAUAAAAAAAAAAAAAAAUGCCACACAUUAAACAUGACUUAUAUUUAACACAGAAUUUUUAGACCACCAAAAUUAUUCUUUUUACAACAAACACUUCUAAAUUCGUUUUUGUAAUUAAUAUUAAUUUUAUAUUUUCAGGGAUUUUUACGAAUUGAAUAAUUUUCCUGUUCAUUGUUUAUUAACAAGGUGUUCAGUGGGUAAAAAAAAAAAUAUUUAUUUCACUUCACCAUCUAUAAGAGAUAUUGUAAGGAAUAAUCAAGAGAAAAUAAAAGUAAGCAAGUUUAUGUGAUAAUUAUUUCUAAAAAAAUAUUUGUUAUUCUUAGUAAUUAUUAAUUACUUAAUAAUAUCACUAAUGUAAAUAAUUUAUAAAUUAUUCAUAUUAUAGAUCAUAAAUACGGGUGUUAAAACUUUUGUUCGCUGUGAUAAUAAAUCUAUGGGUUGUAAUUUCCGACUUGCUCAAGAGGUAACUUAAUCUUAACAUUUUUAAAAUAAUAAUUAUCAUCUAAAUUAAUAAAAUACUUGAAUUAAUAUAACUAUACAUAAGUGUAUACACUUUUAUUAUAAGGAAUCAACAGCAUGAUGUUUUAUUAAAUUUAGUUAGGUUACAAGAAUGCUUUUAAUUUAUCAAUGUUAUUUAUUUAUAUUUGAAGGGUUUGGCGAGUAUAUCAUGUUAUAUAGGAUCAAAAAGAAGAUUACAGCUAACUCGUCAUGAAAUUAUUGCUGUAUUAAAAAAUCCAACUAUUCCAGUUGCUGAUUUAGAUGAAAAUACAAGAGAUAAACUAGAUGAUUUUGGUAAUUAAAUUUUCAGUUUACAAAAAUAAAUUUUGUAUUAAACUAAAUAUACUAAACAGGUGUUGGUAGUUGUAUUCUAAAUAUGCCAGAUGAACAAUUACCACUUGAGUUAGUUGGAUGGAAGGGAUUUUCAACCCUCAAAGCUUAUGUGAAUGGUGAAUGUAGAUUGCAUUAUUUGAGAUUGCUUAGAGUUGAUGUUUCUCAAUUUGGUAAAAUUUGUAUUUAUUUAUUUUUAAUAUAUAAAUUACAUUAGAUUUAACUGUUGUAAUAUAAAAUUUAAAAAAUAAUAAUUAAAUGGUUUUGUACAUGAAUGGUAAACAAAAGUACUAUUUAUUACAUUGGCUAUGUAUUGUUUUUUUAGAUGUGAACAAAUUUAAAAAAGAAAUUAAUGACGAUGAACAGACCAACACAAAUGUGACUUGGACUGGUAAUAUUGAAAUAUAAAUAUAUUUCAUUGUAAAUAAACUUUAUGUUAAAAGUAUUAGUAAUUACAUAUGCCAUUUAUUGUUUUAGAUGUUGAAGAAUUGAAAAAAGAAAAUGAACUUUGCUGAUUAAUAAUAAUGGGACUUGUAUUGGUAAAUGUUAAAUUACUUACUUUAUAUAGUUUUAAACUUUUGAUUUGUUAUAUUUUAUUUAUCAAUUAUUAUAAAUGACUGAAAACAUGUUAAAUUCAAACUGAUAGAAAAUUUACAAUUUUAAUUUUUUAUUUAAUAGUUUUUUUGCACAAAAUGUACCAUUAUUUCAAAUAUUUAAAAAUAUAAAUGAUUUGUCCCGCUUUCCCAUGUCAUUUAAUAUUGUGAAGCAUUAUAAUUUUGCCCAUUUUUUGGAUUUUAGAUUUGUUAACAUAGAAGUUACAUUAUGUUUUAUUUUUAUUCCAGAGCCAAUUCCUGAAAAUCAUGAAAGAUUACAAUAAAAAAAAAAGUCUAAAUUAAUGACUUGUGGUAAUUAUAAUAUUAUUAGUUAUAACUACAAAUUUCAAUUUUUAUAAUAUAUUUUUAUAACAAUAAAUCGUUAUUAAAAAUAUAAUGGAAACUAGUUAAUUUAUUCCCCCCUUUUUUUUAAUUGAUUAAUUCAAUUUUCUAGGUAUAAUAUUAACAAAAUUUUGAACACGUCUUUUGUUAAAAUAAUGGUAUUGAUUAUGAUCAAAUUUCCAGAAAAUAAUUAAGAAAGUAUGUCUGUUCUUCAUUCUCUUUCUUUUCAUUCGCCUUUUCUCUCAGCUUCUUAGAACUUUAAUAUUAGUAUUGAAUUUGCAUUCAAUUUCAUUUAAAUCAGAGGUUUCCAAACUUUACACUGUACAUAAUACAACCCAAUUUGGAAAUUUUCGUGGUCACUUACUUAAAUCACC